UAACAUAGUGUAAAUUAGUGUAAAAUGAAAUGGCGCCAGUAAAUAUCAAAUACAUAGUUUCAUUUUCUUCACAAGAUGACCACCACAAGGCCAACAACCUAAUAACCAGUGAUGGCUCUAAGAAGUGGCUGUCCCACCCUAAAGAUCGGAGUGGUAAGCUUGAGAUCAUCAUGCAACUUGAGGAGGCCUGUCAUCUUGCAUUCAUUGAUAUAGGUACGACAUGGUGCGCCAGCUUGGAACUGCGAGUGGGACGUUCUGAUUGGUCGCAAACCACAGAGUUCAAGCCUCUUGUGGCCAGUGUGAACCUGAUGUCUCCUGCUGAUUGCCUGCUCAGUCGGGCGACUAAUUGUAUAAAGAUGUUCUCUAAAAGUGACUUUUCUCCUGAAAUAGCAGCCGAGCAGUGGGACCGACUACAGAUCAUCUGCCGACAGCCUUUCAGGAAAGAGGUCCAGUAUGGCGUCUCAUUUGUUCGUGUCCAGCGCUCUCUGCCAUCGUCAGGGAUCUCUGAUCACCAAGAAACCUCAGACGUGUGCACAGUCAAGGAAACAAAAAAUGUGGCCUCGAUACAGAAACAUUUCUUUGGUGUCAACAGUGAAAAGGAAGCUAACAGCCCUACGAGUGCAGAUGGCCUGAAGUAUCGCUUGAUGAAGAUCUCUGGCAGCGCUGAGAAUGGCUGCGAUCAGGGGCUGUCAAGAACAGCCAUGCUGGUACUGAAGGCUACAGAGAACCGCCCCAAGCUGGAACAAGUUGCCUCCCCUCAUAUCAAACCUGGCCUGUUCUCUGACCAUGUUGCUAAGAAGUAUGCCACGCCGAUUGACCAGGAAAUCACAGUGUUUCUUCCUACUUUAAAGAUAUCUAUCCAUGAUGUGGAUAAAGUAACUAUUGCAGAUCUCCGCCACAAGUUUGAGAAAAAGAAAAGAAGAAAAUUAACUAUUGAGGAAAAAAGAAUUUUUUCUAAAAUUUGUCAAGACUUCAUUUGUGAUUUAUUUGACAAAGCAACAUCCCAUCAGGAUGUUCAAAUUCAGAAAGGGAUUGUUAGCCAAUCACGUGUCACAACUCCAGCUUCCAAAUCUGGGAAGGUCAAUGGCCAUUCUAACAACCUCCACCACAUAGAGAACAACACUGUUACGUCCACACCAAAAAGAAAAAUAAUAAAACCCCAAUCGAAAACAAGUCCACAUGCUGAUAAAUCAAAUCAAGUUCGGACGGAGUUUCAUAAAGAGGUUAUUUCUCACUCUUCUGCAAACCCUUCAACACCAAAAGCUGAAAAAGUUAAUCAUCAUUCUAAAAAUCAUCAACAUACUUCAUCCCCUAGUGUUUUAAAAAAAAAUAUAGUGACUCAAAGUAAAAAGAAAUAUUCCUAUCCAACAAACUCAAAAGCACAGUGUAUAGAUAUUGAUACCGAUGACUUGGCUCUAAACUUUAAACCUAUAAAGAGUGAUAAACCAACUGAUAUAACAGAUUCUGCAGUCAAAGACAGUCAUAGUGAGAGUAAUGGGUGUAUAUGGUUAAAUAAAUCAUCAAAAUUAAGUAAAACUUCGCCACCCAUCUCUUCUGCGGCCAAGAGGAGAAAACUUAACAAAACUAGUUUAAAUAUUUUACAUGACUUUAUUUUAGAUACUUCCAGUGGUGAAGAAGAGGACACAUUAAAUAGGAAAGAUGUUUAUCCUGAUAAAUUCACACCUUCUAAACCAAAACUACCUGCUUCUGCAAAUGUUUUAGAAUCUUCUCCUAAAACAGUUUUAAUAUCAGCCAACACCGUGUCGUCUCCUAAGAACUCAAUCUAUCAGCGGAAAAUUGUUGGAGCUACAUCAGAAACUUCAACUCAGAGCCUUGUUGAAUCGUCACCUCGGUCAACUCAGAAACAAUUGUCUCUUAAAUUGACCAGAGGUCGACCCUCAAACAAUGACAGCCAGUCUAACACCAGCAGGGUAUUAUCUGCCACAACAGGAACUCCAAAAAAUAAAAAAAGACAGUUAGAGCUAGUAAACAGCACUAAAUCUAAAGCUUCUGUUUCAAAAGUUGAACAGUCUGUAACAGCAGGACCCCACACUAAACUAACACCUGUGACCUCUAGUAGUCUAGAAACAAGAUAUGAUGAUGGUCAUAGAAGCAGUUUACAAUCAGAUUUAAUCCUCUGUGAUGUGUGCCAUGAAUUGUUCCCAAGCAAAACGAUUGACUCUCACAAAGCAUUUUGCCUCAGCAGCUUCAACUGGACGUCUGAUGAGGAAGAGAUAACAAUAGAGACCAGAGCAGGAGAAGCUGAGUGCCCCAUUUGUUUACAAACAUUCCCAUUAGAUGUAUUACCUGCACAUGCCAGUGAAUGUGGCUUAUGAAUUUGUAUAUUUUUAUUAAAUUUUAAAAAUAUAACUUUACCAGAAUUGAUUUCUUUAACUAUUGUUAAACAAAUUUUCCUAGAAAUUCCAGUU